GAGGAGAAGGGGGGUCAGACGGGCGGGCGGGCACACUCUUGGUCUGUGCGCAGGAGUGAGAGUCGGACUUCCCAGUGGGGCUGGAGUAAGGAGUGCCAGCCGCCGCCGCCACCGCUCCCGCCGCCCGACGAUAGGGAACAAAUAAAAGCACAAGGGAAAGCCGAGCGCCGUCGUUCGGCAUCGCCGCUUACUCCGCCAUGCCGAAGAGAAAGGUGAACGCCGCUGAAGAAGAGCCAAAAAGGCGAUCUGCACGCCUGUCUGCUAAACCUGUCAUUGCCAAAAUUGAAACCAAACCAAAAAAGCCAGCUUCAAAGGAUAAGCCGGAGGAAAAGAAAGCCCCAGCAAAAGGGAAAAAGGGACCAAAAGGUAAACAGGCUGAAGAGAUUAACAAUGAGGAAGUAAAGGAUAACUUGCCUGCGGAAAAUGGAGAAGCAAAAAGUGAUGAGGCCCCAGUAUCUGAUGCAGCAGGAGAAAAAGAAGCAAAAUCUGAGUAACAUCUUGUACAAAGUCUCUUAAUCAGUGGUUUGUUUGCCACCAUCUUGUACAAUUCAGAGGAAUAUUUUUAUCAACUAUUUUGUAAAUGCAAGUUUUUUAGUGGUUUUAGAAAAGACAUUUUUUAAGCAUGAGGGGAUCCCUCCCUCAAUAUCCCAUUUAACGUAGUUUUGAGUGUAAAUGCUUUGUUUUUAAAAGGUAAAAAUCAUGUACUGGUUGUCUCUCUAUAUAACCAGCAAUUAAUGGAAUGUUAGAUUAAGGAGAAAUUUCAAAAUAUUGAUUACUUACAGUGCUAUCCUAUACAUGUUUACUUAGAACUAAAUCCCACUGGUUUCAGUGGUACUUAUUCUUUAAUAAGUGUGCAUAGGAUUGCAGCCUUAACAUUCCAGAGGCCAGGGUGGGCAACUUGCAAUUUACAUGUGGCCCUUUAAAGCUAUUUUUAUGCAGGACUUCAGUUACUUUAAAUUUAGCUUUGUUUCCUUAAAUUUUUAGCCUUUACAAAUAAAUUUGAAUAUAUGAUGGAAAUAUAUGCCCAGCAUAUGCCAGUAUCGUCCCCAGAGGCAAACAAGUUGCUCACACCUGCUGUAUACUGUGGGAUGGUUUUUGUAAUUGUUAAAAGAAGCAUAGCACAGAUAAAACGUUGACAUGGUGACAAGUAGGAAAAUGUCUUUACACUUAACACGUAUCCCCCUCGAUUUGUCAUCAGUAGAAUGCUUCCUCAGAAAACCCAACUUGUUCCCUGGUGUUGGAUCUCCCAAAUUUGUUUUAUCUGUGACAAGAGUUAUUUUUGGUAGUGGUAGUUUAUUUUUUCAACAGCUUUGUAACGUGUUGUGAACGGUUGGAAAUCUGGGUGUGUAGUGUGUGUGGUGUUCAAUUACUGAGUAGAUAAAAUUUCUGGUUAAGCAGACAUGACUUUCACAUGACAGUAUUUGAGACACUGGUACUUUUCUACUUUGAAUUAAUGGUCUAUCAAAGAAGUCAUAAUUGUCAGAUGACUGGUUUACAUUCAAAUUAUUGGAAGAAGAAUCAGUACAAAUAGUUAAUGUCUGUGGUUCAUCAAACAAGAUCCAAUAAAAUAUUGGUCAUAAA